AUGCGCCAGACCAUUCCACCACCUUUCAAGUACAAUUCCCUCACCACAUCACACAUCAUGGCCUGGAUGCAAUUGUCAGAAGAGAGCAAGGAGCGCAUCGCGCGUGUCAUCGACCUCUCCCGUGUCGCGAUCCAUUAUGGAUACCUCCCCUUGAUCAUCUACCUGGGCUACACGAAGAGCAACCCACGUCCAUCUCUGAUCCGUCUCUUCUCUCCUCUUGCACAAUAG